AUGGGUCCAUCCUCAGCUGACUAUGCUCGCUUGCCUAGUGCAUCAGAUGAAGACAGUGAGCAGGAUAUAUUCAUCUCAUCCAGCGUUAAAGCUGAGGGACUGACCGCAAGCACAGUCGAGCUCGUGGAACAGCCCUAUCGCAGGACAGAGAAAUUCAAGCGCGUAGAUAAACCGACUCUCUUCCUUGGCCUUGGCGUCGCGGCCUGCUUUCUCCUGACCCUCGUCAACACCAUCUACUUCAUUCGUACUCCCUCCUUUUCACCCAAUCCAUGGAGCACCGCCAACAACUUCGCAGGUGCCUCUCUCCCGCGACCCAACCAGUUCGUCGGACUGGAUAAGGUCGACCGCAAUCGCUCAGGCUUCGUGACACCACCUCCAUUCAUGAAUCGUGUGUCCGUCCUCACGCAAGUGAGCAGCGAGCACCCGGACUAUGUUUAUCCAGAUGGACAGCGGCAGUGGUACUCGUUCCGCGGGACAGUCAGUCCCAGCGACAAGCCAUUCUUGGUCAAUCAGACUGUGGGUGCACUGAACUGUCUCAUACUCUUAUGUACCCCACACCAUGACCAGCACCUUGUGUCGCGAUUUGGUUUCGUCUCAUACACACUCUUACGAGCCGUGUUCGCUCAUUUACCCCCACAGACAUCCACAAUCGCCCAGUUCCGCACUCUCGACUUUGGCAUGGAAAAUUGCGAAGUUGCCGUACGCGUUCUACCGCAGGACAUUCUCGACGCUGAAACUGACCUGCGGCCGGGGUUCAACCGCACCUUCAUCUCCUCACGUCCAAACGAACCCUUGCCGAUCUCGGUAUAUGAGCUGCACAUGGACAAGCCUCUCGACGUGCGGACGCUCUCAUGGCGGACGAAGCCCGAGCGGGGCAAGUUCCUCGGUGUGGAGGCGGAGUUACAGACGAUAAGCUGUCCGCAGGACUCGUUGCAGACAUUUGAGUUCAUAUGUGACGAGCAGCAAGAGGAGGCUUGUUCGUUGGAGUGGUGGCAGGACGAGCACGAGAGCCUAGGUGUCUUCUUGAAGCAGAGCUCGUCGAUACCGGACUGGAGUCCUUAG